UCUCAGACCAAAAUUUAUUUAAAAAAAAAAAAAAAGACAGCCUCUACCAACACAGCAGAACACAUACCUAAAUCGUAGAUUGUUCUCUUCUCUGCAAUCUUUCUUCAGGUUUCAGCAAAUGUACGGACAAAGUGAGACCGAUUUUGCCCUUCUUGAAUCGGUAUGCGUGCACUUGCUAGGAGAAUCCAUGGCGUCUUGCAAUAAUUCCGCCCCUUCUCUUCUUGCUACUACUCCUGUUUAUUGCAGAAGCUCAAGUUUUGGCAGCUUGUACCCUUGUUUAACGGAAAAUUGGGGCGAUUUGCCACUCAAAGUCGAUGAUUCUGAAGAUAUGGUGCUUUACGGCGUCCUUCGCGACGCUCUCACUGUUGGUUGGGUCCCUUCCCUUAAGACUGAGUCGCAACCUGAUUUUCCUCCGGUGAAAUUGGAACCUCAGGAGAAUUUGGCGGUGUUGCAGGAGAGUGUUGCUGCUCCGGAAACCACUGUACUGCCUCCGGAGAGGAUUAUAUCUGAAGGUUCUGCUGCUGUGACUACUCCCGCAGCGGCCCCGGCAAAGGGGAAGCACUACAGGGGAGUGAGACAGCGGCCAUGGGGAAAGUUUGCAGCUGAGAUUCGAGACCCGGCGAAAAAUGGAGCUCGGGUUUGGUUAGGGACAUUCGAGACAGCGGAGGAUGCGGCUUUGGCAUAUGAUCGCGCCGCUUAUAGAAUGCGUGGCUCUAGGGCGUUGUUGAAUUUCCCGUUGAGGGUUAAUUCCGGGGAGCCGGACCCAGUGAGAGUGACUUCGAAGAGGUCAUCGCCGGAGCCAUCUUCCUCGACAUCAUCGGGAUUGGAGAGUGGAUCGCCGAAGAGGAGAAAGAAGGUUGUCAGCUCCGCCGCGACGAAGGCUUCAACUCCUACAGUAGUGGCAGAAGCUGGAUUGAAAAUGGAAAAUGUAGGUGCACACCAGGAGGCAGAAGGUAAACGUGGCGUGCAGCUAUUGGCUAGCCAAUAAUAUUAAAGUGUGAGUGCUCUACGCAUCAGCACCAAAUGGGGGAAGGUUGAAAGAAUAGGUUGGCGGUGUAAAAUGCCGGCGAGCAUUCCAUAAUUUUUGAAAUUGUUUCAAUAGGAUAAAAAAAAAAAAUUUAGAUACUGAAAUUAUUUUCAGGAGUGUGAAUUGUUGAAAGUGUUUGUUUUGUAAAUAUAAAGAGAUUUUGUUAUUUGAUGAAAA